GGGAGAGUGCGCGGACAUUUUGUCGGGGUCGCGGACGCCGUGCCGGUUGGAAGCGGGAGAUGUGAGGAAGCCGGGCCUCGGGACAGGGAUAGCAGAGGGACACGGCAGGCUGUGCCGGUGUGUGUGAGAUCCGGGACCGUGUGUACAUUUACCGACUACCGAGGAUCCUGUGUGGAGCCUGGGCCCCGGCCUGCCUCAGCUCUCAGGCCGCUGUUGUUCCCUGAGUCGGGGUCAGUGUUCCCCUUGGCCUGGGGAGAGUAGGCCUCCCCUCGGCCCCCGGCUUCAUAUCCAGCACCGGCCCACCAUGAUGUGCGAGGUGAUGCCGACCAUCAGCGAGGACACGCUGAGCCCCCGGGGCUCGCAGUGCGGCGCCGACACCGAGGCCAACUUCGAGCAGCUGAUGGUGAACAUGCUGGAUGAGCGGGACAAGCUGCUGGAGAGCCUCCGGGAGAGCCAGGAGGCACUGGCCCUGUGUCAGGCCAAGAUGCAGGAGGCCUUCCAUGAGAGGGACUCGCUUCAGAGGCAGCUCAACACCGCCCUACCUCAGGAGUUUGCAGCACUCACAAAAGAAUUAAAUGUAUGCAGAGAGCAUCUCCUGGAAAGAGAGGAAGAAAUUUCUGAACUGAAAGCAGAAAGAAAUAACACUCGGCUACUUUUAGAACACCUUGAAUGUCUCGUUUCCAGACAUGAACGAUCACUCAGAAUGACGGUGGUGAAGAGGCAAGCUCAAUCACCUGCAGGAGUUUCGAGUGAAGUAGAAGUUCUAAAAGCGCUCAAAUCAUUAUUUGAGCACCACAAAGCUUUAGAUGAAAAGGUACGAGAGCGGCUACGAGUAGCCCUAGAAAGAGUUAGUGCUUUAGAAGAAGAAAUAGUAGUUAGAGAGAAAGAGAUCUCACUGUUUAAAGAGCAGAACACACUUACUCCGAAGAAAGGAGCAACAGAUCCAUUAGAAGAUGGAAAGCAUGAUGGUGAAAAUACGCCCAGCACGAAUGGCAUGAGGUUUUCUAAUUGUUCCGUAAACCAUGAAGAAGAUUCAAUUAAAGUAAUAGAGCUUCAGGAGACAGUAGAUAAGCAAAACAAGGAGCAAGGGCAGUUAAAAGAUCGACUGGCUGCCCUGUCUAGUAGGGUGUCAGAACUUGAAGAGGAUCUGGAUACAGCUCGUAAAGACCUAAUUAAGUCUGAGGAAAUGAACACUAAACUUCAGAGGGAUUUGCGUGAGGCCAUGGCCCAGAAAGAUGAUAUGGAGGAGAGGAUAACAACUCUUGAAAAACGCUACCUCAGUGCACAACGUGAAUCCACAUCUGUACAUGAUCUCAACGAUAAACUUGAAAAUGAACUCGCCAAUAAAGAUGCUUUGUACAUACAGAGUGAAGAGAAGAAUCGUCAGUUGCAAGAACGGUUGGAAUUAGCUGAGCAAAAGCUGCAACAAACGCUCAGAAAAGCAGAAACUCUACCAGAAGUAGAAGCAGAGUUGGCACAGAGAGUGGCAGCACUUACAAAGUCUGAUCCUUCCCUUUCUUCUGAAGAUUCUACUGUUAUGGAAGCUAAACUGACGGAACUGAGCUCCAUGCUUAGGAAGGCUGAAGAAAGGCAUGGAAAUAUUGAAGAAAGGUUACGACAGUUGGAGGCACAGCUUGAAGAAAAGAAUCAAGAAUUACAACGAGCUCGGCAGAGGGAAAAGAUGAAUGAAGAGCAUAACAAGCGUUUAUCGGACACGGUAGAUAAACUACUGUCAGAAUCCAAUGAGAGGCUUCAGCUUCAUCUGAAGGAAAGAAUGGCUGCAUUAGAGGAAAAGAAUUCCCUUAUUCGAGAGCUUGAAAAUACCAAGCAGCUAAUUGAAGAAACACACCAUGAAAAGAAUAAACUAUUAGCUGAGAAUGAUCAAUGGAGAGCGAAAGCAGCUUCUUUUGGAGAUACUCUGCAUCACAGCAGGUCACAUUUAGGUAGUCCCUCUGAUUUUAGGUACCCAGUAGCAUCUACGUCAGAGGUAGACAAACACCCAGACCAAUACAGCGGUGCAUCAGUAUUACGUAGAACUCAGAAGGGUCGCUUAGCAGCUUUAAGAGAUGAACCUUCAAAGCAGGUCCAGACAUUGAAUGAGCAAGAAUGGGAGCGUGCGCAGCAAGCUAGUGUCUUGGCAAAUGUCGCCCAGGCCUUUGAGAGUGAUGCUGAAGUAUCUGAUGCAGAAGAUGAUAGAGAGACAAUAUUCAGCUCUGUUGAUCUGCUGUCACCAAGUGGUCAGGCAGAUGCCCAAACUUUGGCUAUGAUGCUUCAAGAACAGUUGGAUGCCAUCAAUAAUGAAAUACGGCUGAUCCAAGAAGAAAAGGAGUCAACACAGCAGAGGGCAGAAGAGAUUGAGAGUCGAGUUGGAAGUGGUAGCCUUGAUGGUCUGAAUCUCUGCCGAUACAGAGGGGGUACACUUCCUGCCUCGUUUACAGGUUCGUCUCUUGCCGGUUCCUCUCCACCUGGAAGUGGACACUCCACGCCAAGACGAUCCCCUCGAAGUCCUGCUCAUGAGAUUGACAGGCUUGGCGUCAUGACCCUGCCUAGUGAUUUAAGGAAGCAUCGUAGGAAGCUAGCAAAAGAGGAUACACGGGAAGACAAAACUACAAUAAAAUGUGAAACAUCACCACCCUCCACGCCAAGGUCCAUCCGAUUGGACAGGGUGAAUCAAGGUGCCUCUCACACCAUCAGUCAGGAGGAUAUUCGGGACAUAAGAAGUUCAACUGGGUCACAGGAUGGUCAAGUCAGCAAUCCCAGCAGCAGCAACAGCAGCCAAGAUUCUCUUCACAAAGCCCCCAAAAAGAAAAGUAUAAAGUCAUCAUUUGGGCGCCUGUUUGGUAAGAAAGAGAAAGGUCGGCUUGGGCAGCCCAGCAAAGAUCCCACAGGGCAAGGUGGCAUACCUGAUAUGGAAACCUGUCCUCAGGAUACCUUGGGACUGAGUAAACUUGGCCAAGCAGAGAAAGAUAGAAAGUUGAAAAAGAAGACAGAGUUGUUGGAAGAAGCACGAAGACAAGGUCUCCCAUUUGCACUGUGGGAUGGGCCCACUGUAGUCGUGUGGCUGGAGCUAUGGGUCGGAAUGCCAGCAUGGUAUGUAGCAGCCUGUAGAGCCAAUGUAAAAAGUGGUGCUAUUAUGUCAGCCUUAUCAGAUACUGAAAUACAACGAGAGAUUGGCAUCAGUAAUCCACUCCAUAGAUUAAAAUUACGUCUAGCUAUCCAGGAAAUGGUAUCACUCACCAGUCCUUCAGCACCUGCAACGUCUCGAACGUCCACUGGAAAUGUCUGGUUAACACAUGAAGAAAUGGAAACUCUUGCUGCUGCACCACAAACGGAUGAUGAAGAGGGCAGCUGGGCCCAGACCUUAGCAUAUGGGGACAUGAAUCAUGAGUGGAUCGGCAAUGAAUGGCUUCCUAGCUUGGGUUUACCUCAGUAUCGCAGUUACUUCAUGGAAUGUCUAGUUGAUGCUCGAAUGCUGGACCAUUUGACAAAAAAGGAUCUUCGGGGGCAACUCAAAAUGGUUGAUAGCUUUCACAGAAAAAGCUUACACUGUGGAAUAAUGGCUUUAAAAAGAUUAAAUUAUGAUCGUAAGGAACUGGAAAGGAGGCGUGAAGAUAGCCAGCAUGAAAUUAAAGAUGUUAUGGUGUGGACUAAUGAGCGAGUGAUACGUUGGGUGCAGUCAAUUGGACUUAAGGAAUAUGCCAAUAACCUUUUAGAAAUUGGAGUUCAUGGUGGACUAAUUGCCCUAGAUGAGCUGUUUGAUUACAAUGCAUUAGCCCUAUUGCUACAGAUACCGACGCAGAACACACAGGCACGCCAGUCAUUGGAGAGAGAAUUUAACAACCUCUUGGCACUUGGAACAGACCGGAGACUAGAUGAUGAGGAUGAAAAGGGUUUCAGAAGAGCACCUUCUUGGAGAAAAAAGUUCCGACCAAAGGACGUAAGGGCUAUGACGCCUGGAUCAGCAGAGACGUUACCUGCUAAUUUUAGAGUUACCUCAACAGUGUCUUCACCCUCCAUGCAGCCAAAGAAGAUGCAAACCGAUGGCAAUAUUUCUGGAGAGCCAAGAAUGGAUUCCACUACAGUACGAACCUAUUCAUGUUAAUUUUGGUUCACACACGCUAUUUCAACUGAUGACUGCACAGCAUUCAAAGCCUUCUUGCGGUAAUUGUACAUCACAUGAAUUGCUGAGAAAGCUGGGAAAUCUGUGAUGUAGCAAUAUGUCUAACUUGGACAUAAUAUUUUAAUACAGAGAUUUAAACUAGUUGAACCACAACUCAUGAGUACCGUGGAUUUAAAAUUUUAGAAUAAAUGUUUCUUACAUUUCUGUAAACCUGUUUCAAUAUUGAUUUGUUGUAGAUCUGGCACCUAGUUUUAACCCUGUACCCUUGCUUAGAACGCAUUUUAUAACUAUGUACAAUUCUUUCUUAAAUCAGUUUUCUUAACUCUUUAUCAUGUUUUUUUUCUCAAGGAAGUGUAUCAUAUGUCUGUAUGUAUUCAUCCCUAUGAGAAUUGUGGGGGGGGGUUUGUAAAUCAUUGUGUAAUUACUACAAAUAUUCAGAUUUUUUUAUAAAGUUGAGGACAUAAAAGUGGGUGUAAUGGCAUUUUCAUGCUCUUUUCCCAAAAGAAACUGCAUGUUGACAGCACCAAGUGUGUUAAUGUUGUAGUUAGUCUGAAGUCUGUAAUUAAAUCCUUUUUUUUAGAAGCUAUCAGUUCUCAUCUUUUAAAUUGUUAAUGCUUGUCCAUUUUUUCAGUAUGACUAAUAAUGAAUAGAUGGGCAGGAGAAGAGGUAAAGCCAUAUAUAGGACUGUUGAGGAAUAGGUAGGAUGAAUGCAAGAGGACAACCUCCUGUAAUAACUCAAAUGCUAUUUCCUCCUUAAUUUUUUAAGAAAAGGCUGGUUUAACCUUUCAGUGGACCAAUAUCAAUGACUUGUGUCAAUUAAGACUAUUCAACUUGGAAGUGUAAGAAGUGGGGUUCUUUAAAAAUAAAUAAAAUUAAAGCCUUAUUUAUUUUUCUUGAAAUAUGGUUUGCUUUUUUUGCAACCCUUUGCUAAUCUAUAGAUACUGUGUGUAUUCCUUUUUAAAAGGUGACCCAUAAAUAGGAGAGCGAAGAAAUGUUGUCAUGGCUUUAUAAAGAGUGUUCAGUAUUUUUGAGUAACCCACCAAUGUGUCAGCUGCAGUUUGUUGGUAUUAUAGUGAAUUAUGUAUUGUGUACCAACACAUUGUAUAUCUGUCCAAAGUGGUCAAUUUUUAAUGUACGUUGGCCUGAAUAAUGUACUGUUAUUUGUCCAAUAUUUUGCGGUUCUGAGUUUUUCUCUGCCUUCUUGUAACAAAUUAUGUACAGUCUAUACAGUACUUUGAACUAUUUUUAUCACGUAUUUAUUGCUUUCUUUCAAUAAAAUACUUACUUUUAUUUUCCA